CCGGUAAACGAUCAAACGAAAUUAGAACACUGUCAACACUCGUGAAGAUUUUAAACCUUAAAAAGAACAGAACUUGCCAAAAAUCAUAAACAAUCAGUACAUUUAUAUAUAAUUUAAUACAUUUGAAAUAUGAACAGAAUAAAUAGUUGAUCGAAGUUCGCGAAUUUUUGUUUCUUCAUGCCCAACAUUUUUUAUUUUGAAUUUUAUUAGUUUAGGCCUGACAAACUACAAACUCGUACUACGACUAGAUUCAUAAGUAUAAGCAAGUCACAGCAAGUCAUCGGCAUGAUUAUGAUUUGGUCUUAAUCUCAUUCUGGCUCAUUACCACUGUAAGUUAUCAUGAACCAGUAUCAAGUGAACACAAAAAUAAAAUAUAGACUCUACAUCUACAAAUUUUAUAAAUUUUUUAUUUCCAUUAAAUUCAUUUAAUUAAAUUAUUUCUGACACUGACUGAUGGACAAUUUAUUGUUGACCAAAGAAGGCUCAAUGAAAAUGCCUGACUGUGGCUAUUUAUAAAUUAUCCUAAUUUUCAGUGUGCAAAAUCUCAUUCAUUAGAGCUUGCAGUGUACAAACACUAUUAAACCAUUGGUCAGGGCAAGUUUUAAUUAAUUAAUUAGUCAUGUGCAAAAGUUGAAAGAUCAAAAUGUUUUUUUAUACAAAAGUACCUGAUGAUUUCUAUAAUUUCACUGGACAUUUCACUAUAGUUUUACUCCCACUUUCAUUACCAAAAUAAGAAACAAAGUACUCUUCUGUGGAGGGGAAAGAUCUCUCCAGAACCCAUCCCCCUACUAUCUAAAUAGAAAAAAAAAAAAAAAAGAACUUGUAUUUAGUGAACACAAACAUAAAAAUAAAAAUCUUUUUAAUACAGCGAUAUAGACGGAAGAUGACCUAGGGGAACCUCAGAGACCUAUGUACUGUGGAAAAUCUUCUGUGGAGGGGAAAGAUCUCUCCAGAACCCAUCCCCCUACUAUCUAAAAAGAAAAAAAAAAAAAAGAACUUGUAUUUAGUGAACACAAACAUAAAAAUAAAAAUCUUUUUAAUACAGCGAUAUAGACGGAAGAUGACCUAGGGGAACCUCAGAGACCUAUGUACUGUGGAAAACAUCACCAGCCUUCCUGCUAACCCAAAAUUAACCAAACAGUUAAACCCUUAACUCACUUUUGGUUUCAUGCUAAAUGGCAAGCACAUUACACUAUUACACUUAAUAAUAUGAACAUGUGAAUUAAACAUGAAACAUGCCAACUUUCUUUUGCACUGUUUACACAUUUGGUUCACUCAAAAGAAAGGUGAAAAAAAUUGAGGAGAAAUUAUAAAAAUAAAAGCACUAGCCAGGGCAGGCUAUUUAAUCAUGGUUGAUCUUCUCUGGGUUAAUCUUAUUAAUUAAAUUUAAAAAGAUGAAACUAUAAACAGGGUAAAUGCUAACUACUAACUGAAACAAAAAAUAGUUACUUGAAUGUAGCAUAAUCUUCCUAAGUACCUGUACCGGUAAUCAAAGUGGGUCACAGUAUUUUCUCAUUCCCAUCCCCCCCCCCCCCCCCCCCCCACUCUUUUUGAACUCUUUACAUUUAUGGAACUCCUGUUCAUAUGCUUUAUUUAAAUCCUUAACUCCCUUGUCCUUCCAAAUUACAUUCAGCCAUACAAAAUACAUCUAAUUUGGUGUUUAAUUUUAUUUUUAGCAACCAAGAUGGAUUCAAAUGAUACCAAUGUUGAAGAAAAUGACCAAAAUGAACUAUUAGAGAAACUUCCAUUAGAUGUUGAGAGCCCUGAUGAUGAAUGUAAUGACAAUGAUAUGUUAAAAGAUGUUGAAGCAGAGGAAAAAAGUAAAGAAAAUGGACACAUCUUAUCUGGUGAAGCAGAUGAUAUUGCCAGACAGAAUGAACCUAAUCAAGUGAAUGAGUUGGAAGAUGUUACUGGAAGUGGUGAUUCCAAGGAAGUGGAGACCAACCAGGCCAUCUUUACUAAUGAAGAUAAAGAGGAUGUGGAUGAUGACAGUGGUGAAACACAUUUAAGAGACAUUAAUCACGAUCAGCAUUCUCAAAGUUCAUCAGUUCAUAUUAGCUCAUAUGAACUGCCUGUUGAAAGUUCUGAAGUUCAUAGAGAACAAAAUGCUGAAAUUUUAUCUGAAAAUAAUGUCGAGAAAGAAGACGAGCCUGGUGUUGAGAAUAAUAAUAUCAUAAAAGGUAUAAAAAAAAGUUAGUUACACUAGCUCCUUUAUAUAUGUAAUAUUACUUUAUUAUCUACACCUCAUGACAAAGUUUAUUACACAAACUUUUCAUUUUUUAUCAACAGAAAUACAAACAUAAAGUCAUUUAACAUUGUGCAAUUUAUAUGUCUUGAUAUAAUUUGUGAUGGAAAAAAAUGUCUUUAAAAGUUAGAAUUGAUGAGGAUAUUUAUAGCUUAAUUUCUCUACAAUGGAAAAAAACAACCUGCAAAUAUAUCAGUCAUAGUUUUAUUUCUGACUCCAAAACCUUCUGAAAAUGUUACAUUGGGAAAUGGCGUCAGCGGGCUGUUGAGUUAGAGCUCUUAAUGCCCUCCCCAAGGCACCACCACUGGGCCCAAACGCCGGGUCUCCCCGAUGCCCGAAAGUGCGGCGGCACACCAGGUACCUCCCACGGCCUGGGCCGCCCCCACCCGCACCCGCUCGAUUGGAUUUACAGAUGGAGGCCUCCCCGCCCGGGUAUGUCUGGUCGGCAGAAAACCCUGCGUUUAAAGCAUCCACAGCCAACACUUCCAGGGAGUCGGGAUGGUUCUUUAACAUCCUAAUAUCUGCCCCCACCCAUCCCGGGGAAGCGGCGGAUGCCCUUUAAGGAGGCUUCUACAGUGGGUUUCCACCCCGCAACUAGUUUGCGAAGUAGCUUGGUUGAAACAGUUGCCUAGGAGCAGCUUUCUCAGGGCUGCGUAUCAUCGGCUAGAGGCUUCCACCUUAGCCUCUUGCUUCAUAUCCAUUUGCGGCAACUUGUAAUCAUGAUCCCUACCCUGUCUCUGCCUUUGCUUCCAAAUGUAAAACUUCACAGUUGGCAGCCCUAUAGGUGCUGUUUUAUGUCUGGCAUGUACCAUCCAUGUACCUUGUCUGCCCACGCAGGACACGCAAAGGUGAUCUUGUUCCCAUGGCGUUCAUCAAGGGGGUCCGGUGGCUGACGCCUCCCAAUCGGUUAGCCAACACAGGCUUAUCAAGUGGAGCACCGGGGAGCCAAAACCUUCAUAGGAAGCUGUUGUCUGUUUCAUAUUAACUUAAUCUCUCUCUUUUGAACAUUUUAGAUGAAGAUGAAUACAAAGAGAUGUCAUCUUCGCCCAAUGAAGUAACUGCUAGAGCAAAUGAAGGGGAUACAGUAGAGACAUCACAAUCUCCAACAAUUACACACCCCCAGGAAAAUCACAAUACACAGCUUGACUCAUCAUCAGAUCAUGAGUUGGAUGAUUUCUUUGGAACUGAAAAAACUAAUGCAAGCAAACAUCACAGUCAGGAGGGUGUCUCGAGCACAGGAGAAUCAAAAAAGCCAAGAGACCAUCCAUACUUUCCUGCCCUUGAUAUUGUUGACUUGGAGACGGACGAUGAGGGACAACAGGAUGUAAACAAGGAUGAUGCAGGUGGAGGAGAUAAUCCUAAAGCCAGUGAGGAGGAUUUAGAUGAUGAUCAAGUUGAGGCACUGCCGAGUGAUGUGGCGGGUAAGUUAAAUUUAAAAACGUUUUUGUUUUGGUUGUUCAAAGUUAAUAUUUUCUAAGGUAAGAAUUGUACUUCAUUAACCUUCUUGAGAUGGAGCCUUUUUGGACUGUCGGUGCCAAGAAGACGGAACCCUUGUCACAAGCCCUUCACUUAUUUAGAUACAAAUUAAAAAUUAAAAAAAACUAUUUUACAAAUAUAAAACUAUAUAUAAUCUUGUAGGGAAUUGAAUGAACUAAUAAGAUCUUUAUGAAUCAAACUGAAACCUCAACAUUUAUGCAAAUGAGAUAUAUUGCUUUGCAUAAUUAAAGCAUGAAUUCUUUUUAACUUAGAAUAAAUAAGUCUUACUUGCAGAAUUGUGUUAAAUUUUAUGAUUAUUGAAGCCUAAAUAAGUUCUAACCUCUAUUUGAAUGAGAUUCAGUGUGAACAAUUGCAUAAAAUAUUCCCUUGGGGCUGCUUACAUAACAUAUUUUUAAAGACUCUUUAAGGGUCAUUAGGUACAAAAAAAAAAUUGAUAUAAAUAUAAAAUGACAGUACACCAUACACUAUCAGUGGAAGUCGCCAUUAAAAUAGCGAGAUGAGCAAGAAAUGAGAGAAGCAAUCUGAUUAACUGGUACAAAGACCAGCCAGCCAAUGCGGAGGCAUUUAUUAUUUGUCUUCUUCACCAUUAAACUCCAGCCGUCUCAAGAGGGUUAAGUAAGCUUCUUACUUAUAUUUAUUGGAUAUCAUUGUUGCUAUCCCAUUUUUUUGUUUUCAAGGGAGACCUUCAAUAUUUGUCGUGGACAUGGUUUAAUAUUUUCCUCCUUCUUUUUGUACUUUUUUACUUUAAGAUUUUUUUAUUGAUAAAAAAGUUGUGUUUACACUGUAUAGCCUACUACAUUUUUAUUCUUGGCUAUUUUAAAGUGCCAUAAAAAUAAUAUGUUCAAUCUUUAAAAAAAAAAAAAGGAAGAAAGAAAUAGUUCUGUACCCUUCAUCUGCAACACCUGGAAAUUAGGCCACCAAGAAGUAAAAUCAAAGAUUGGUUUGAACUUUCCUUUGGUUUACUUCCAAACAAGGCUCACCUGAGCAGCAUUUUUCAGUAUAGUUGAAUAGGCAGAAAUUAUAUUUUCUUUUGAAGUUCACUGUUAAUAUCCUUAACAUUUUUGUUUUCUGGGAGUAGUUGGUGAAUCAAGCUAAUAUUAUGAUCUUUAAAAAGAACCAAUUCUGAAUGUGGUUUUCUUAGUUAUUGUAAUGUAGGUGAAAUGUCUGACUUACUAAUCUAAAAUUUGCUUUUCAUUUGUUUGUUUUUUUAUUAAACUCUGAAUGUUUCUGUGUUAAUUAUAUUAACUAAGUUAUAAUGUUAAGAGGAAUUUUCUUCUCAAUAUAUUUGUACUUAACAAAAAUAAGCCAAUUGUACACACCAUUUGUGAGUUGUACUUCCUUCACAUUACCACUUUAGUCUGCCUGUUCUUAGUAGUCCCCAAGUACAGAAAAAGAGCUUGAGUUUUAGACUUAACUGCACACUUAUGAAAACAAUGUCUCUCACAAAAAGGAGGGAGAUGAUUAUUAGACCUGAGAAUUCUUUACCAUCUCCAAACAACCAGUUUGGGAUAAUCCACAGUUCCACUGGCUUAAUUAAAAAUAUGAGUAUUGUUAAAUAUUUUAAAAAAUGCUGCCAUUUCGUCAAUGUUGACUAAGUAUUCAUAGUUUUAUGAAGACAAAAAAAUUGUGUACAUUUUUGGUCAUUGAAAAGAAAAAUGUCAAGUUUUAUGGCGGGAUGGCAUGUUAGACAGCGUGAUUCAUUCAAGAGUACAUGAGUUGGCUUGUAUUAUCUGCCAGGCCAUGGAACUGUCACAGAGCCUAACACAUCCAUACACAUUGAUGGGAAUGGGGUUGAUAGGAGGAAUCCCAUGAUGGACAGUCCACGUCUAACAAGCAAGGAUUACCCACUCAACUAUCAGAACUAUAAAGUUUGUAGAGAGGUUGGUCAUGAUGAACAGUGUUUCCCAAAUUAUGAUGCACAUGCACCUACAAAAGGGGAUUUUUAUUUUCCUCCUUGUUUAUUAAAAUAUUUAUAUUACAUUUGUUUCCAUAUUUUAAUGCACAUUUCUCUUAUUUAUAUAAAUAUUUGUUACAUUUUAUUUGAUUUUUAAGAGCAUUUUAUUUAAGAUAAUUUAAUCUGCCAUGGUGCAUUAUUACCUUCCCAUGUCUCCAAUUAUUCUUAUCUGAAGAGGUGUAUCCUGGCAAUAUCAUUGUAUCCAAAGGGGUGUGUGCUUCAACAAAUUUGGGGAACAUGCUGCUUUGCAACAUUAAUUAUGGAGCUAGAGUGAAAGUAUGAGUAUGAUGAGUUUGGCUUAGAAAGAAAUAUGUAUUAUGGGAGACAGACAACAUAUGAAAUGACAGGAGUAUGGGGAUUACAGACCUGUUUACCCUCUAACUCUUAAAAUCGUACAAUAUCAUCACAAAAUCGUUCAAUACCUUAUAUUUAGAGUAAAAAAUAAGUAUACAGUAUAUAUGUUUACACCUCAAAAUCGUACAUUGUACGCCAAAAUCGUAAGAGUAAACAGGUCUGGGAUUAGGAUGCUGGAAAUAAGGGGGAUAUUAAAGAGGUCAGGGUCUGAUUAGAAAAAGGAAGCAAACAUUAAGUGUGGAACUUAAUAAACCGUCACAGAAAGUUUAAACUGCUCAACCACUGAAUAAAACUAACAUAGGUUUUGAAACAAAUAAAUUUUUAUGCAUUUAAAGGUUGGACCAAUGUUUAUAUUUUUGUAUUGUGUGCACAGUCAUUAUAAAAUGGUAUAACAUAAAUUAUUGCUUUGGAAAUGGCUGAUUGCGUAUUAGAAGGGAAUGAAUCCCAGUAAACAGAUUAACAUGUAAUUGAAAAGCAGCUCAUAUUGCGAAUUGUUUCUGUGUAGCUGCAGCCUGGAGUUGAGGAGUGUCUCAUCUUAGAAACUGGUGAGCAGAUUGUGUGCUUUAAAGAUGCUAAAACCACUGUCACCAGUUCCGAGGUAACCUUGACCAGAACGGGUUUUCUUGCCCAGCAAGAAUGUGGAAGUGAUCACAGAGUCCAAGACGACACCCACGACACUGCAAAAAACUCAUUGACUGAAAAAGCAGAGUUUCAUACCCAGAUGGGAUGGCCAGCUGGUGUAGAAACUGAUGAUGUGAUGGAAAACAUGAGCUCUGAGAGUGACAGUGACCAUUCAGAACAUGUGGCUCAAGAUAGACUUCUGAGGAGUGACCAGAGCUUUUUCAUCACGGAUAAAGGGGUCCCAAUAAUGAUGGACUACACAGAGGAUGAUGAUGCUGCAGUUGACUUAAUUUCAAGAUCGCGACACCAGGAAGGUCAGAGAUAUCAAAACACAGCAUGGACCAGGCGUGCAGGUCAUGGCAGUGCCAGGAAGGAUGAAGAAUUUGUGGGAGAUGUUCUCUGUGGUGAAUGGAAGAGGGGAGACGAUCCUCUGCGGGCAGCUGAUAGUAAGUAGGAUGGAAAUUAAUGUUUGUACCAUGCUCCCAUACUUUGGCUCAUUCAUUAAAUAUCUGUUUUUUGUACACCCAACCUGUUAUACCCUGGCUCAUUUAGCAAAUACCUGUUUACUGAAAACCCAUUCCAUUUCAUCUUGGCUCAUUCAGGAAAUACCUGUUUACUAUUCACCCAAACCUGGUUUAAUUUGGCUCAUUCAGCAAAUAUCUGUUUACUGAACACCCAUUCCAUUUCAUGUUGACUCGUUCAGGGAAUAUCUUUUCUGUUUACUGUACAACCAUGCUAUUUCACUGUGGCUUCUCCAGCAAAUAUCUGUUGACUGUUCACCCUGACUGCACAUAGUACAAUCAUUUGUAUGAUUAUAGCUUGGGUGCUUGAUUACUGCAGUGUGAAAUAAAUAUCCAAUAAAUGUUUCUAGUCUAUGGCAUUGUUUCCUGACUUGGAAUAAAGGAGAUUUUACACCAAAAAAAUGCUUUCAGAGCUUUGGAGAAGAGUUAAAAUGGAUUUUUACUAUUUUUAAAGGGGUGGGGGGGGGGCACAAUAUUUGGAAAACUUUACGAGGUACUGUUAGAUAGCCAAUAGCCAUAGUAACUUUAAACCACAUACAUAAAAGGGAAUUUUUAAAAAUAUAUUUUGAAUAUAAAAAUAUCUGUGCAUCCUUUCAAAGAAAUUUUUUAAAGACUUUUGUGAACAAGAAUCACAUUUUGUGAAUUCUAAUCUUUGUAAAUUUCAAAUGAGCUAAUCAUUAAUUUCUAGAUGAUUAAGAAAUAUGGAGACAUAUAGCAAUAAUGUCCUUGGUGGGUUUAUAUUAAAAUCUAAGUUGUUUUGGUAUUGGUUUUAAAUGUCAACCAUCACUUUUGUUUUCAUUGUGCAGUAAUCCAGCAUGCUUAUGUAAUGCAACCAUUGCAUGUUUCAUUUGUAAAGCAAAAUUAUUAUGAAGUGCUUCCUGGCAAAUACUUAUCCAAGUUAUAUCAUGCCAAUUUGGAUCUGAGUUGUUCUUAAAACUUUUUAAAAAAUUUGUACUUAUAUAAAUUAAUUGUAAAUUCAUCUGAAAUGAAUUCUUCCACAAUUAUUUUUUAGAUCCUGAGUUUUUCAAUUUGAGUGAGGCUUUUGUUUUGCCUUCUAUUUUAUUCCUAUUGUUAUCCCCUCUAUUUUUUGUUUUGUUUGUUUCUUUAUUAAGCUCCAUAUCAAGUUUUGCAUCUCCCAGUAAUGUGAUAGAAAUAAGGACUAUUUCUUAUGUUAAAUAAACUUAUGCAUGUGCUUCACAAUGUUCAAUUCAUUCUUGUAUGAUCUUAUGGUCUGCUUACCAGAGGCGUGAUUUGAAUACAUGUAUGUGUAUUUUCAUGGCUUAAAAUUGUUAUAUUUGCUUUGCAUUCUUUCUGUCCCUCUAUUACAUUAUUGUUUGUGGGAAAAUGGCUUUGUUAUAUUUGAGCUUAAUUGAUUAAUUUGGAGGGGAAAAAAGCCAUAUCCAGCCUUCCAUUUAAUAGAAAUCUGUACCUACAAAAAAGACUAAUCAAAAUAUUUAAAUCAGGAAGCAUGAAAUUUACAUAUUGUUUUAGUUUACCACAAUUUUAAAAAAUAACAAUUUCAUACUAAUUCACUUACAUAAUAUAUCACAUAUAUAAUUAAUUAAUUAUAUAUAUAUAUAUCUAUAUAUUUAUAAUAAUAUAGUAAGGUAUUAAAUUAUUAUAUAUAUAUAUAUAUGUAUGUAUGUAUAUAUAUAUAUAAUUAAGAUUUUAUAAAUUGUCCUUGUUUUUGUUUUUUCCCCACCUAUAUCCCAGAUAUUCUGUUGUGAAACACUUUUAAAAAAUGGAAUUGGGCAUUUUUUAAAUGCUCUUUUCUGAUUUAUUUAUUUGUAAUUCAAUACAAAAUUUUUUUUUGAAGAUGUAUGCAAGUGAAAUAAUUUUGCAUAGGUAUUUGAUGCUGUUCUGAUGUUUGUUUCCAUGAUCUUGACAGGAGAGGAACUAGUGCAGCCAGACGGGACACAAAAACACAAAAUCAAGAAGUAAGUUAUUGAAAAUUUUGUAUCAAUUAAAAAAAGAAAAAAAUUAUUCAGGAUCCUCCUGUGUAUAAUUUUAAAUAUCUAUUUAUUUUAUAUUUAUUUAAAAGUAUUUAAUUAACAAUAUUUUAGCAUUUUCACAUUGGUUUGAAAAGUAAAUAAAGUGUAUAAAGUUCUUUGUAUAAAAAGCCUUACUUUUAAUUUUGACAGACUUUAUUAGCACCCAUUAGCUUAAGAAAAUUUAUGCUAAAAAUAAUAACCUGGUUCCUGGCCUGCCAAUUAAGAUCAAAACUUAAUAGCAUGGGGGACAUUGUUAAAUGCAAAUGAUCCUUAAUAUGAUCCUCUUCUGUAUGAUUUUGGACACUGCAUCACUGAUUCCCUACAUGUACGAUUGAUUCUCUGUCUACUUUUUAUCAUUUAUUGAACACUAACUUGUUAGCGAAAUCAGAUAUUUAAAACACAUGAUGCUAUAUAAUCAUCAGUAACUUAAGAUGUCAUCAGCCUUGACCCCCUUCCUUGUAUCUAUGUUAGGAUGGAUACAGAGGUCAUCACUGAUCCAUUCCAUGUAGGAUUGAAUCUCUCUCUGUACAUUUGAUCACUUUUUUUAACACUGACAAGCUAUAUAACUCUGGAUACUUAUUUCACAUGAUCCUAUGCAAUCCAUCAGUAGCUUAGAUGUCAUUGACCAUGACCCAAUUCCAUGGAACUGUAUCAUGAUGUGCAUUACGAUCCCCGCCAUGUAUGAUUAAUUCUCUGUGUACCAUUGACCAUCCGCUUACCACUGACAAAGUUUUAGAACUCACUUACCUUAUACACAUGAUCCAAUGUAAUCCUUCAACGACUUUAAAGCCAUUGAUUUUGCUUGUACCCUUGCUAGGUUCUUUGAGCUGCAACCCGAUGUUAGUGAAGAGAGCACAGAGGAGACCGCUCUGGUCUCUGAUGUCCAUUCAAGUAAUAACAACAACAACAAUGGUGAAGAGGAACAUCAAGAAAAGGACACAAGCAACAAUGCAAACUACAGGCAUCAUGGUGAUGAUUUCCAUUAUGUCAGGGAAACCCACAGGAACGGUGCUAAUUUUAGAGCCGCUCAGCAGAUGCCUGAGAGGUAUGUACACAUUAGUGUAUGUUAACUGUUGAUAUGCUACCUGAGUCCAUUAUUUUUUUUUUUUUUUUCGUAUAUUUCUUUUACACAACUUGAAUGCAUUCCAUCAAUUAUUAUCUUUAGAUGAAAAAAAAAUGUUUUUUUUCAAGAAAUGUUUGAUUAAAAACUAGAAUAUUUUUAAAUAUGUUAACUGUUGAAAUGCUACCUGAGUCCAUUAUUUUUUUUUUUUUUUUCGUAUAUUUCUUUUACACAACUUGAAUGCAGUCCAUCAAUUAUUAUCUUUAGAUGAAAAAAAAAUGUUUUUCUUCAAGAAAUGUUUGAUUAAAAACUAGAAUAUUUUUAAAUAUAAAUCUGAAACUUCCGAUGACAAGAAUUAAAAAAUUAAAUUUCAUAAAUCACCAUCUCAUCAUAUUAUGGUUUAUGUUAUUUAAGUUUGUUAAGGUAAAAGCAGAAAAAUUAAAAUAAUUCUUCCAAAAAAUUAACGAACGGCUGUACUGUAUUUCUUUAAGAGAUUCCCUUAUAAUUUAUCAUUAUAAAUAUUGUGACAAAUUGUCUCUAAAAAGAUAUUCUUCCUAAUCUUCCCUUGUAACAUUGGCUCUCUUUUAGUGCAAGAUGGCUUUACAUACAGUCCCUCCUUCUUCCAUCUAAGUCUAUCUUGUCUCUUAUUUACAUGCUGUAAAUCUCUUUCAGGACCUACCAUUCCUCAACAGCCUACAGCAGCCCUACUUAUGGGGGCCACUCUCACGAGCACGGGGUUCAUUGCUAUGUCGGCUCAAGAUUGGCAUGCUCUAGAAACUACAACCAGGCACUUCACAGGGGAAGUUCAUAUACAGACAGUAGGGGCAACAGGUCUAGAGGUGACAGCAGUUAUUACAGGUGAGUUGUUGUUAUUCAUAUGCAUCAAGAUGUCACUUGACAUGCCAUGUUAGUUUUUAAACAUUAGUAAGAUGUCACUUGACCAUGCCAUGUUAGUUUUUAAAUAUUAGUAAGAUGUCACUUGAUCAUGCCAUGUUGGUUUUAAUGUUAGCAAGAUGUCAUUUGGCAUAAAAUGACAUGAAUUAGAAAAGUAGAUGCUUGGCACAGCGUGCCAUUGUCAGUUUGAAUGCAUCAAAUCUUAAAAUGACAUUGGAAGUUAGAGGUCAUCAAGAAAGAUAAAGUGUCUAGAUUUGUAGGAAGAUAAAGUGUCUAGAUUUGUAGGAAGAUAAAGUGUCUAGAUUUGUAGGAAGAUAAAGUGUCUAGAUUUGUAUCUUUUGCAGAUAGGACACCAAUAAUUAACAGAUAAUUUUAAAGAAUUAUCCAUUUGAAAUUAAAUAAAUAAAACUCAAGACAAAUAUUGAUUUUACAAGUUCUACUCUGAUUUUAAACAAAUAACAACCCAGGUCAGCCAAUACGAGUUCAGGUGACACAUCCAGGCUGUCGACACGUUACACACACAUUGAGCGCGGGAUCCCAAGACAAGAUGCACACGAGUCUGUCACUGUUCCCAAGUUUAAAACUCUCCAUGACCAACAGGUAAGAAAGAUUUUUUAAUCAAUAAACCAGCACACAUGAUUAUUCUGAUAGAUAAAACAUCCAUACUUAUAUUUUUUUUAAAUACAUGUACCAUCACACAUGAUUUCUUAAAUAGACCCUCACACAUGAUUAUUUAAGUAGACACAUAUGAUUAUGUAAUUAAACCCUCACACAUGAUUUAAAUAGACACUCACAAAUGAUUAUGAAAAAAAACAACUCACACAUGAUUAUUUAAAUGUACCAUAACAUGAUUAUUUAAAUAGACCCUCACACAUGAUUAUUUAAAUAGACACUCACAAAUGAUUAUUUAAAUGUACCAUCACACAUGAUUAAUUAAAUAGACCUUCACACAUGAUUAUUUAAAUGUACCAUCACACAUGAUUAAUUAAAUAGACCCUCACACAUGAUUAUUUCAAUAGACCCUCACACAUGAUUACUGAAAUAGUACAGUCAUUUUAAAAGUCCAAAGCCCACAACUAUUCUAAGGACCAAUUCACAUAUUUAUUUUAAUAUACCAGCAUAAUGGAUUAUUUCAAUAGAUCAGGACAUAUGAUUAUUUUUCUACUUGAAAUUCUAAUAUUUAGAUUAUUAUUAUUAGGUGGUUUUAUAAAGUGCAGUACCCCAGUCUAGGGCUAGGUUCACUGCUCAGUACUCCAGCCUAGGGCUAGGUUCACUGCUCAGUACUCCAGCCUAGGGCUAGGUUCACUGCAGUACAUCAACCUAGGGCUAGGUUCACUGCAGUACAUCAGCCUAGGGCUAGGCUCACUGCUCAGUACAUCAGCCUAGGGCUAGGCUCACUGCUCAGUACCCCAGCGUAGGGCUAGACUCACUGCAGUACAUCAGCCUAGGGCUAGGCUCACUACUCAUUACCCCAGCCUAGGGCUAGGUUCACUGCAGUACAUCAGCCUAGGGCUAGGUUCACUGCAGUACGUCAGCCUAGGGCUAGGUUCACUACUCAGUACCCCAGCCUCGGGCUAGACUCACUUGCAGUACACCAGCCUAGGGCUAGGCUCACUGCUCAUUACCCCAGCCUAGGGCUAGGUUCACUGCAGUACAUCAGCCUAGGGCUAGGUUCACUGCAGUACGUCAGCCUAGGGCUAGGUUCACUACUCAGUACCCCAGCCUAGGGCUAGGCUCACUACUCAGUACCCCAGCCUAGGGCUAGGCUCACUGCUCAGUACCCCAGCCUAGGGCUAGGUUCACUGCAGUACCCCAGCCUAGGGAUAGGCUCACUGCAGUUCAUCAGCCUAGGGCUAGGUUCACUGCAGUACAUCAGCCUAGGGCUAGGCUCACUGCUCAGUACCCCAGCGUAGGGCUAGACUCACUGCAGUACAUCAGCCUAGGGCUAGGUUCACUGCGCUUCACAUAAAAAUUAGCAAUUACAGAAACGUAUACAUUCAUAAACAACAAUUUGUGAAAAGCUUGACCUCACCCAUCCAAGUACUAUUUACCCUGGUCUAGCCAUGGACAGCACCCAGCAGAAUCGGGUGUUGUUUAUCAGUCGGAGGGUGGUGAGAAUGAGGUGGUAUAGUAGAGUUUGAAGAGAUGGGUCUUGAGGGCAAUUUUGAAGGCAGUUUUUAAGGCUGUGAUAGUCGUUAUGUUGCGGAUGUGUAAUUGGAGAGAAUUCCAUUGUUUUGGGGCACAGAAAGAGAAAUAUCGUUCACCAUAUGUUUUAGUGUUAGUGUGUGUUCUUGGAACAGAAAGAACAUGUGUGUCUGUGGAGAAACUAUGCUUUCGAAAGGGGUGAAUAGACAGUAAGAAGUUCAGUAAGAUAGGAAGGGCAAAAACAGAGAAAAAGUUGUGACAGAAAACAGACAGCUUGUAAUCAAUGCACAUCUGUAUAGGGAACCAAUGAAGGGAGUGAAGUAGUGGAGUGACGUGAUGACCCUGGAUGCGACAUAUUACCCUGUAGCUUUUAAAGUAGUUUCCUUAAUUCAUUUGAUGGAUUCAAAAUUCUUACAGGUCAGCUGGCUGGACAUGUUCAAGAUGAUCGAAGAGCAGCACAAAUGUGACCUCCAGUCUCAGUACCAGGAGCACCAGAAGAUCCUGCAGGAGAUGCAGAGGAACAUGGAGAGGGAACUCACCAAACAGCAGGAGACCCUGAAGAAAAGGUUGUCUUCCCAUAGGGAAGUGAGUGGCUUCUUACAACUCUUUCAUGUCGUAGUUGGCUCAAUAUGAGUGGGAGAUUUACUGCUAGGGAGUUGAGAGUCUGUUUGGCUCAGUAUGAGUGGGAGAUUUACUGCUAGGGAGUUGAGAGUCUGUUUGGCUCAGUAUGAGUGGGAGAUUUACUGCUAGGGAGUUGAGAGUCUGUUUGGCUCAGUAUGAGUGGGAGAUUUACUGCUAGGGAGUUGAGAGUCUGUUUGGCUCAGUAUGAGUGGGAGAUUUACUGCUAGGGAGUUGAGAGUCUGUUUGGCUCAGUAUGAGUGGGAGAUUUACUGCUAGGGAGUUGAGAGUCUGUUUGGCUCAGUAUGAGUGGGAGAUUUACUGCUAGGGAGUUGAGAGUCUGUUUGGCUCAGUAUGAGUGGGAGAUUUACUGCUAGGGAGUUGAGAGUCUGUUUGGCUCAGUAUGAGUGGGAGAUUUACUGCUAGGGAGUUGAGAGUCUGUUUGGCUCAGUAUGAGUGGGAGAUUUACUGCUAGGGAGUUGAGAGUCUGUUUGGCUCAGUAUGAGUGGGAGAUUUACUGCUAGGGAGUUGAGAGUCUGUUUGGCUCAGUAUGAGUGGGAGAUUUACUGCUAGGGAGUUGAGAGUCUGUUUGGCUCAGUAUGAGUGGGAGAUUUACUGCUAGGGAGUUGAGAGUCUGUUUGGCUCAGUAUGAGUGGGAGAUUUACUGCUAGGGAGUUGAGAGUCUGUUUGGCUCAGUAUGAGUGGGAGAUUUACUGCUAGGGAGUUGAGAGUCUGUUUGGCUCAGUAUGAGUGGGAGAUUUACUGCUUGGGAGUUGAGAGUCUGUUUGGCUCAGUAUGAGUGGGAGAUUUACUGCUAGGGAGUUGAGAGUCUGUUUGGCUCAGUAUGAGUGGGAGAUUUACUGCUUGGGAGUUGAGAGUCUGUUUGGCUCAAAAUGAGUGGGUGAUUUACUGCUAGGGAGUUGAGAGUCUGUUUGGCUCAGUAUGAGUGGAAGAUUUACUGCUAGGGAGUUGAGAGUCUGUUUGGCUCAGUAUGAGUGAGAGAUUUACUGCUUGGGAGUUGAGAGUCUGUUUGGCUCAAUAUGAGUGGGAGAUUUACUGUUAGGGAGUUGAGAGUCUGUUUGGCUCAGUAUGAGUGGGAGAUUUACUGCUAGGGAGUUGAGAGUCUGUUUGGCUCGGUAUGAGUGGGAGAUUUACUGCUUGGGAGUUGAGAGUCUGUUUGGCUCAAUAUGAGUGGGAGAUUUACUGCUAGGGAGUUGAGAGUCUGUUUGGCUCAGUAUGAGUGGAAGAUUUACUGCUAGGGAGUUGAGAGUCUGUUUGGCUCAGUAUGAGUGGGAGAUUUACUGCUUGGGAGUUGAGAGUCUGUUUGGCUCAAUAUGAGUGGGAGAUUUACUGCUAGGGAGUUGAGAGUCUGUUUGGCUCAAUAUGAAUGGGAGAUUUACUGCUAGGGAGUUGAGAGUCUGUUUGGCUCAAUAUGAGUGGGAGAUUUACUGCUAGGGAGUUGAGAGUCUGUUUGGCUCAAUAUGAGUGGGAGAUUUACUGCUAGGGAGUUGAGAGUCUGUUUGGCUCAGUAUGAGUGGGAGAUUUACUGCUAGGGAGUUGAGAGUCUGUUUGGCUCAGUAUGAGUGGAAGAUUUACUGCUAGGGAGUUGAGAGUCUGUUUGUUCAAAAGUUGAGUUCAUCCAGUGCACUGAUGUGAAGUUUUAAUUUAAUUUUGGUUGUUGAUAAUUGUUCUGCCAUGGACGGAAUUUUGUGCUAUUUUAUUGACACGUGUAUAGUAUUAGACAACCAGGAUGCCCAGUAUAUAAUGUUGGAGUUAUUUGCCAUUUAGAUCUUGGAGGAGCUGUCCCCCCGACGCCAUGGAGAAAAGGUUGUCAGUGAUCUGGAGAAUAUUAAUCAGUCUCGUAGAUAUGAUGAUGAGGACUCACUGAACCAGGAAGAUCACCAAGAUCACCAUGCAGGUGAGCACGUGAAUGGCAGCUCCAGCAAAACCACGCUGAUGGGAGUGCCUGUGUCCCUGAGGAACCCACCUCCAUUGACACGAUAUCUGCAGAGCUACCAUGAGCGCAGUAAGUCCAUCAGCUCAUCCUUGAAAUGUGUUAAUCAGCUCAUCCUUAAAAUGUAUUUAUCAGCUCAUCCUUAAAAUGUGUUAAUCAGCUCAUCCUUAAAAUGUAUUAAUCAGCUCAUCCUUGAAAUGUAUUAAUCAGCUCAUCCUUGAAAUGUAUUAAUCAGCUCAUCCUUGAAAUGUGUUAAUCAGCUCAUCCUUGAAAUGUAUUAAUCAGCUCAUCCUUGACAUGUGUUAAUCAGCUCAUCCUUGACAUGUUUAAUGUUUUUGUCAUUUGAAAUUGUUAAAAAAAAUGAUUGCUGGAAACAUGGUUAAAACAUUGUCGACAACUUUUUGAAAUCCAAAUUUAGAUAAACAAUGAACAAAUAUCUAUAAAGUAAAGGCAAUAAAUAGAACUACACUUUUUCUAGUGUCAUCUGAUGAGCUGCCAGUGAAGAGGUCAUUAGAGAAAGAGCUGUUGUCACCAUCUAAGCCUGCUGACACAUCACUCAACUUGUCUCGGCUGUCAGUGGGCGGAGACAAGCAGUUAAGGGGCGGAGUUUACAGCAGUCCUAUGCCCAUUGCCAAGGUUAAGCACAAGGUGAGAAGUUAUUUUGUAAGCAAGGAUUAAAUAUACAACUGGGGUAUAAAAAAACAACUUAAAAUCCUGGGGGUAAAUGAACAUAAAUAAAUUUAAAAAUUUAAUAAAAGUGUUCCUUGUUAUCACUGAAAUUUUGUUCUGGCAAUGAUUUAUCUGGGGCAGUUUAAUAGAGAAUACACACCCAAUAUGUGGCUAGUACUGGCUCGGCAGCUAACAAAACGGCACGUCUUGUAUAUGUCAUUUCGCUAUAGUUGCCAAUCAUACUCUAAUUAAUUUGGAGGAUUUAUUCAUUUAUUUUUUGCAUUUAUCUUAUAUUUUUAAAAAAAAUACAGUCCCUGUAUAGAUUAUUAUUAUAUUAUUAGAUAUUACCCCACUCCCUGCCAUUCAACAUCACUUGAAAAUAUUGAGGAAUAUUAAAAGUUAUCUUCUGAUAUUGUAAAACUUCUAAUGCUCAAAAAGGAUAUUUGGGGCUGAAAAUUUGAUAGAAAGUGUUGUCAUCUGCAACAAGUCUAUGUGCCAAGUUUCAGCUCAAUAGUUUGACAGGAAGCCGCAAACAAAAGCAAAGUUAAUAGGAAGGUUAAAAAAUAAGCAGCCCUUUUUAACUAUGAAUUACAGCCUACCUUAUAGAGCACCUUUAUUUAUUUGUGAAAAUAUGUUCUUAAAAUCUUAUUUUGUAAAUAAAUUUAGACCGGGUACCUAAAAUCUGUUGAAAUGACUUUUUACUGUUUACCCAGAAGUCCCCAAGAGCGAGUAAGUCUUAUGAUGACACACAUCGCAGCUCUCCUUGUGAAGAUGUCACCCGUAACUCCGUCCAUUGGGCCUUUGACGCACGCACCCGUCCUGCCGAUGAACCCGCACCGCACCCGAGGCCCGUGUCAAGUGAACAGUCACUUGGUGACUCUGAUGAUGUCUUGUCUCCCAGGUGACCAAAUUACCUCAGGUUACCAUGAAGAGUUGAAUAUAUAUGUUUGAACAUUUUUUCACCGAGAGCCCUACUGUAGUAUUAGGAUUUUCUCUUGGUGAAAGGCAAUAGUUGCUCAUUGUUAAAUGUAAUGGCAAGGUAUAUGUGCUAAUUUAUGCUACAAAAUAAUUGGGAGAUUCUGAGAAUUUAUUUUUGACAUGACGGGGUUCACUGAUUUGAAACUGGAAGAGAAAGAAAUUUGUUUUCUCUAUAUUUAACUUCUUCAGGAAGCAUUCAUUGUUUCACAUGACCCUGCUUCAUUAAAACAAAUUGUAAUAUGGAUAUAGGUUUAUGUUUUAUAGUGUGGGUAGGCAGGUUUAUGUUUUAUAGUGUGGGUAGGCAGGUUUAUAUUUUAUAGUGUGGGUAGGCAAGUUUAUGUUUUAUAGUGUGGGUAGGCAGGUUUAUGUUUUAUAUUGUGGGUGGGCAGGUUUAUGUUUUAUAGUGUGGGUAGGCAGGUUUAUGUUUUAUAGUGUGGGUGUGCGGGUUUAUGUUUUAUAGUGUGGGUGUGCGGGUUUAUAUUUUAUAGUGUGGGUAGGCAGGUUUAUGUUUUAUAGUGUGGGUAGGCAGGUUUAUGUUUUAUAGUGUGGGUGGGCAGGUUUAUGUUUUAUAGUGUGGGUGGCCGUUUCAACAUUUGUUUUAUUUUUUUAAUGGCAUUUUUUCCUAUUUCAGGACGAGAAUCGGCUUGCGUGAGAAACACGCAAAACAUCUGGCUGAUCUGAAGGCCUACUAUGAGGAGGAGCUCAGGGAAAUGCGUCAGAUGCUGAUGGCCAGGCAAGAAAGGGGCGGUGGGGAUGGCGGCCUUUCAGGCAUUUCUGCUGGGGAGAAAAUUCUGGCCAAUGAAAACCACGAACUUCGCCAGAAAUGUCAAGAAUAUCAGGAUGUGCUUCAUGAUGCUAAAGUGUAAGUGAGAAUUGUGUUGGUUACAACAUCCAGACAUGUUAAUUUAUUGAGUUCUGAGGAUUAGCUGAGGAUCAACAAAAACUGACGUUGUGUUAUUGGGUCAUUUCUACAAUAUGUGAUGAGGAAUUGAUUUGUAAAAAGUCUUACUAGGAUUCCAAAAUUUUUUAUAAUUAAAUUCUUACUCAAGUUUCCUGGUAACUAUAAAUUUGGUAUCAGGAUGUCACUGGAUUUUUUGGUGUUUUAUUAUGUGUUGCAACAAGAUGACCCCACGAUAAAUGACAUGAUAAAAUCAGACUGCAGCCUGCCUUUUUUUGCUAUAGAUAGCCUCCCUUUGAGAUUCUGUUUAGCUGGGGGGAGGGUGGGAUUUUUUAAAGAUUUGGCGUGGUCGUUAAAUGUUGCUUGGAUGUUAACUCCAAACAGUCUUUGUUCUUACCUGCUGUACCACGCAGCCACCUUAGAAGUUUAUCUCCCCUUAACCAGAGAGAGGAGCAUGUUCAAAAUUGUUUAAAAUAUGAUGGAAUAACAUUUAUGGUUUUGAUGACUGCCCAUGUGAAUAGACACAGAACCCCUUCAGAAUAGACACAGACCCCCUUCAGAAUAGACAUGGACCCCCUUCAGAAUAGACACCGACCCUGUUCAGAAUAGGCAAAGACCCCCUUCAUAAUAGACACAGACCCCUUUAGACUAGAUUUAAAAUCCCUUCAGAGUAGACACAGACCUCUUCAGAAUAGACACAGACCCCCUUCAGAAUAGACACAGACCCCCUUCACAAUAGACACAGAACCCCUUCAGAAUAGACACUGACCCCCUUCAGACUAGACUUAAAAUCCUUUCAGAAUAGACACAGACCCCCUUCAGAAUAGACAGACCCCCUUCAGAAUAGACACAGACCCCCUUAAGAAUAGACACAGACCCCCUUCACAAUAGACACAGAACCCCUUCAGAAUAGACACAGACCCCCUUCAGACUAGACUUAAAAUCCUUUCAGAAUAGACACAGACCCCCUUCAGAAUAGACAGACCCCCUUCAGAAUAGACACAGACCCCCUUCACAAUAGACACAGACCCCCUUCACAAUAGACACAGACCCCUUCACAAUAGACACAGACCCCCUUCACAAUAGACACAGAACCCCUUCAGAGUAGACACAAACCCCCUCCAGAAUAGACACAGACCCCCCUUGAGAAUAGACAAAAAAACCCUUCAUAAUAGACACAGACCCCCUUAAAAUGGACACAGACCUCCUUUAGACUAGACUUAAAAGCCCUUCAGAAUAGACAAAGUCCCCAUUCAGAAUAGACAAAGACGCCCUUCAUAAUAGACACAUACCCCCUUAAAAAUGGACACAGACCCCCUUUAGACUAGACUUAAAAUCACUUCAGAAUAGACACAGACCCCUUCAGAAUAGACACAUACCCCCUUCACAAUAGACACAGACCCCCUUCACCAUAGACACAAACCCCUUCAGAAUAGACACAAACCCCCUUCACAAUAGACACAGACCCCCUUCACAAUAGACACAGAACCCCUUCAGAAUAGACACAGACCCCCUUCACCAUAGACACAGACCCCUUUCAGAAUAUUCACAGACCCCUUCAGAAUAGACACAGACCCCCUUCAAAAUAGACUCAAAUCCCCCUCAGCUGGGUUUGGAUGUUAACGAAUGAAACUCUUGUGUUACAGAGAAAUCAGAGAGCUGCAGCAGAAAAUUCAAGGACUGGAAAUAAGAGCUGUGAGUGCUAAAGCUUUGUACCUCCUUGUUCACUGAAAAGGGACACAAAGCUCAACUUCAGUUAACUGUCGCUCUUUCAGCUGUAAUGACUAGAAAAAAAAACACCAACAUUUUUAUGUAGAAUUUUUCCUGUCUUAUUUUAACAAAAGUUGUCAAAUAAUCUUUUCUUGUAGUUUCAUGUGCACAGGAAAGGGACAUAAUGACCAAACAUAAUAUCAAAGAUAAUAAUACACUUUUACUUGUAAGCAUGUUGUCAGGGUGUUGGCCUAACUAACACUGAUUAAGGUUAGAAGGUUGAGAUUGUUAAACUUGCUGUUAUCAUAUAAAGUUUUAAAUUCUUGAAUUAAAUAGGCUGGAUAGGCCUUGAUGUAACGCAUGUAUGAAUAACCUGGUUACUUCCAUCCAUUCCCUGGACAGACUGACUAUGCUGAGCGCUACGACACAUCCCAGGCUCAGGUCUUAAGCUUGAAAUCUCGCCUGGAGGAAGUCACGGAAUUCGCCAGGGAGAAGGAGUCCAUGGCGGCAGAGGCUGAGUUGAAGCUCAAGAAAACAGCAGAGUCUCUUCAGAUGGCCUACAAGGUACUGUCCCCUGCCACCCAUUGAAAUCUUCUCUGUAUAUUUUGGUGACUUGGCCAUUUCUCAUGUCAUUUGUGAUGUGCUCAUUUCGUAGACAGUGGCAUGGGGCCUGUCCAGCUUCAUGUUAUGACCUCAGGUUUAGAUGAAGGAAAAUGUUAAGGAAAACAUUUUGAGUAAUGCAGCGGAAAUAAUCGAUUCUGUUAGAAGCCUGUCAUCAUCCUGAAAUUUGUUAAGAACAAAUUAGCUGUAAAGCAAAGUAUACAAAAUAUGAACCACACGUUUUUGUAAGAUCAUUUUGGCAUAUGCCCUUUGGUCUGCAUAUUUUUAAAUUUAAUUUUUUAUUUUUUUUUGAGAUACAUUUAGAAAGUUAUCUUAGUAAGUGUUUCUUUCUUUUAAAACAUCCUUCUUUUCUUAUAUUUUUUAGAAAGAGAAAGAAUUAACAGAGUCUUUGCACAGUGCUAAAACAACCAUUCAGAGGGUAAUAAGAACUGUUUGUCAUUUGACUGGUUUAAAAUUGCACAGCAGCUGAGAGUUUAUGUAAUUUGCAAAAGGUUCAGUAAAGAUUCAGUGCUGUAAAUAAAGAUUCAGUGUUGUAUUCCAAUGCAUGCUGUUUUACUUCUGAUCAAUUUCUGAAGACAAUAAAUAUUCUAUCUAAAAUGAACAUUGGUAAUUACCGUAUUUAUUGGCGUAUAACAUGCACUUUUUCUCCCCGAAAAUAGGGGGCAAAUCAUGUGUGCGUGUUAUACGCCGAUAUAAUGUUUAGUUUUUUUUCCUGAAAUUUCCUUCUUAAAUUGAGGUGCGUGUUAUACGCGGGGGCGUGUUAUACGCCACUUGUGAGGAGAUACUGAUCUUCCAUGGACCGCCUCCCCAGGUGGCAGAUAGGGGAAAGCCCAUCAGAUAUGGAGGGCACCGGGGAAAUAAAAUACCCGGGGUGGACCAAAAUCAGUACCUACUGCCUUGUACGAAGUGGAGGGAUCCACAUAGGCUAGGGACCCGACCCAAUACAAAGGCAGCUACCCUGAGAGCUGCAAGGGGCAUCCCCCCAGACGGUUGUGCGCAGGGCUGACGACCCUGUCACGUAAAAAAGCUAAUGUUACGAAAGUAAAACCACAAUCAGAAAAACGGACUGACAUUUAUGGAUUUUGAUCCAUGCCUGACCACAAACAUGACACAUGGAUAGCGACCUGGAAUGUACUCAGUUUAUACAGAGCAGUGAUGAAUUACUUAGAUAUAGAAUCGUGAUUGCGGCACUACAGGAGAUUAGAUGGAAAGACUCAGAUAUCCUAAAUACAAAGGAAUAUACAAUAUUCUACAGUGGAAACAACACAAAUACCUUAGGAACAGGUUUUGCAGUCAAAAGAGAGACAGUAAAUGCAGUCAUUGGGUUUAAACCAGUGAGUGAAAGAUUAAGGAUAAGAGGAAAAAUGUUUAACAUCACGUUAAUCUGCGCUCAUGCACCAACGGAAGAUACAGAUGAAAGCAUGAAGGAAACUUUCUACAAAACACUGGAAAGAGUAUUUGAUGAGGCUCCACGACAUGAUAUCAAAAUAGUCCUUGGAGAUUUCAAUGCAAAAAGGAAAUGAUAAUCAAUAGCACAGUAUUCCAACAUAAACAAAUACAUAAAGCAACAUGGAUAUCUCCAGAUGGAUUUACCCGUAAUCAAAUAGACCACAUACUCAUCGACCGGAGGCAUGGCUCGGACAUAUCAGAUGUGAAAAGUUGUAGAGGGGCGGACAAAGACUCAGACCACAUGCUUGUUAGAAUCAAAUAUAAGCAAAGAAUUUGUAACAUCCACAAUAAACAAAAUGAAAGAGAAAAACAGUACAAUAGACAGAAACUUAGUAGGGACCCAAAAAUUACUGAGGAAUAUCAACAGAAGAUUGAAACUCUACUGGAAUUAUCCAAAAGAGAAUCAGCCAGCAACGUUGAUAUAAACGGCAAUGGGAAAAGAUGAAGCAAAUAGUCACAAGUGUAACAGAGGAAACGAUUGGAUUUAAACCAGCAAUGAAAAGAACAGGAUGGUAUGAUGCAGAAUGCAAAGAACUUAUAGAACAAAGAAACAAAGCUCGGCUAAUGAUGCUGCAAAGGGAAACAAGAAGAACACAACAAUUAUAUAAUGAAGCAAGAAGGGUGGCCUGCAAAAUUUGCAGAAAGAAAAAAACGUGUUUGGGAAAAAUCAAAAAUAGUAGAGAUAGAAGAGUUGGCAAAAGAAAGAGAUGUGAGGGCAAUGUACCUGAAGAUAAAGGAGGAAAAGAAUGGCUUUCAAGCAAGAUCCCACAUGUGUGAAAGCACGGAUGGAGAAUUGAUCACAGAGAGCAGUAGAGUACUAGAGAGAUGGGCACAACAUUUUGAAGGCUUACUGAAUGGCUCAGGUGGAGGAACCAAUGAGGAUUACGCCCCGCCACAAGGAGGACCGGACCCACUGGUCAACCAACCAACUUUAAAUGAAAUAAAAGAUGUAAUCUCCACCAUGAAAAAUAACAAAGCCCCAGGAAUAGACCUUAUCCAUGCAGAACUCAUAAAGCUAGGUGGUAGCGAACUGCAUAGGCAAAUACACGAACUUACAACCAGAAUCUGGCAGGAGGAAGAAAUGCCAACUGAAUGGGACACGGCACUCAUAAUCCCAAUCCACAAAAAGGGAUCUGGUUGAUCUGCCCAAACUAUAGAGGUAUCUCUCUUCUUAAUGUAAUGUACAAAAUCCUCAGAAAACUUAUAGCGAGAAAAUUGGAAAAGUAUAGUGAACAGAUCCUAGGGGACUAUCAAUGUGGAUUCCGGCAGAAUAGGUCAACCACGGAUCAUAUUUUUACGAUAAGAUGUCUCCUGGAGAAAUGCUACGAAUAUAACAUCGACAUACACCAACUAUAUGUGGAUUACAAAACAGCAUACGAUAGCGUAAACAGGAAUUACUUAUACAAUGUUUUACAAGAACUUGGAGUCCCUAACAAGCUUACUCGGCUCAUACACAUGACAAUGGCCAACUCCAAAAGUAGAAUCAAGGUUCAGGGAGAAUACUCUAGGGAGUUCAUAGUUAAUCGGGGCCUCAGACAAAGGAGACUCACUAUCAUGUAUCCUGUUUAACAUCACGCUAGAAAAAGUUAUUAGAAGCAUACACAUUAGCACCAGUGGAACCAUAACAAAUUAUUUCCAGAGAGAUACUACAGAGCAACGACCAUCAGGAACCUUAUAUAGCCAACCAUUGCAGUACCUGGCCUAUGCAGAUGAUAUAGCACUACUGGGUAGAAACCGUAAUGUCAUAAUUAAAGCAUUCAUGGAACUUGAAAAUGCCUCAUUCAAAGCUGGCAUGGACCGAAGACAAAAUAUAUGAUAAUGUCAAGAAACUCCCAUGCUGAUAAUAACAUCAAUAUAAACAACCACAAAUUUGAGAGAGUGGCCACAUUUAAAUAUCUAGGGGCAACUAUAAAUGAGCACAAUGAGAUAAUGUCAGAGGUGAAUGCAAGGAUAACAACAGGCAACCGUUCCUAUUUCAGUCUACAAAAGCUACUGGGAAACAAAAACCUAUCAAGGGGAACAAAGAAGACAAUAUACACCACCAUCAUAAGACCUGUAGUAACGUAUGCUAGUGAGACCUGGACCCUCACCAGAAAAGCAGAGAACCUGCUCAACACAUGGGAGAGGAAAAUCCUGCGCAAAAUAUACGGACCAGUGAUAGAAAAUGAUAUCUGGAGAAUACGUACAAACCAAGAACUUCACUAUUUGUACAAAGAGCCACCCAUAGUCACAAUGAUAAAAAAGGCAGAAUACGCUGGGCAGGUCAUGUUGAAAGGAUGCCGGAAUGCAGAGCAGCCAAAAUUACAUACAGGCAGAAGCCUAGGGGUAGACGACUCAUCGAUCGCCCAAGGAUGAGGUGGGUUGAUGAUGUGGAGACAGAUUUACACCAGUUGGGGGUUCGAGCAUGGAGACGGAAAGCCAUGGAUCGCUCCGAAUGGAAGGAUGUGGUGGAGCAGGCCAGGGCCCUACAUGGGCUGUAGUGCCAUUGAUGAUGAUGUGUUAUACGCCAAUAAAUACAGUACUUAUAAAUUGUAAGGCACAGACAUCUUCUCUAAGAAAUUUUAAUUUAUUAUCUGAAUUUGAUGAUUUCUUUAUCUGUUGUUUGUUCUAUUUCCAGUUGGUUGAUAAGUAUGAAACACUAGAGAAAGAUUAUGGCCUUCUGAAGGUAAAUACUACUAAAAAAAGAGAUGAUUUUUACUCUACAAUAAAUCAAAAUUUUAUGGUUAAGCUAAGACUAGUUUAAAGGCCUUAGAUUUCAUUUUAUGGUUAAGCCAAGACUAGUUUAAAGACCUUAGAUUUCAUUUUUAUGGUUAAAUUAAGACUAGUUUAAAGGCCUUAGAUUUCAUUUUAUGGUUAAGCCAAAACUGUACAUUAAAAGCCAUAUAUUUCAUUUUAUGGUUAAGCUAAGACUGUGCAUUAAAAGCCAUAAAUUUCAUUCUAUGGUUUAGCUAAGACUAGAUUAAAAGCCAUAGAUUUCAUUUUAUGGUUUAGCUAAGACUGUAAAUAAAAGCCAUAGAUACCAUUUUAGGGUUUAGCUAAGACUGUAGGGCACUUUUGAAUUUGUAGCAUUCAGAUAAUUUAUUUCUACCUUAAACAACUCCAUAUUAAUUUUUUAUUUUUUUACAAAAUUCAAUUAUUUCAUUACUUAUGAUGGUCAAACAUCCUUUCCCACUCCCAUACCUUCAACUGGAAUUGUGAUAGAUUGGGUAACAAAUUAAAUUAAUAACUUUUACACAAUAUGUCAAUACCUUCUCAAUUGCCAUCAAAUUAUUUUUUAAAAUCCCCCUGUGAUGUCAUAACAUUUUUCAGAUUAAUGGAUUUGAUACAUUGAAUUAGAGUUCAGAGAAAUAAUUCUGACUAGAUUAAAAUUAAUGCAUCUAAAAUUUCCUUGAUUGAUUAUUUAUUUAUGAAGCAAUCACAUCUCAUUUUGUCUUCUUUGAGUCUUCUUCUUCUUUUAUAUAUCUUAAGGGCCCACAAUCAAUUUAUUGAUCAUUUUGGCUCCUAUGCAUGUAGAGGGCAUUAGCAAUGUUUCUGUGCCUGGUGUGGAUGAGGAUAUUUUACUGGUUGCAAGGGCUUCUUUGUGAGGGUAUCAUGCACUGGGCGUUGGAAGGCUUGAGGCAAUAGACACAAAUGUGUACAGUGUUGUCGCCUCAACUGUUCCUUUUGAAAGCUUGUUCCAGUCCCUGAUUGUCUUUGGCAGGAAUGGCAGUUCCUAUACUGGCUUCUCGCUGGUAUGAGCCGGCAUUGCCUGUCACGGCCUCGUACCUGUCUAUGUUUGAAGAUGGGAAGAUGUGUGUGUUUAUUUAUGCCUGCUAUAAAUAAUUUAUUCAAGGAAAAUAAAUAUUUUAAUCCACAAUUACAGGAAUCUUUGUCAGCAACUGAACAAAAACUUUACAGUUCAAGGUCAGAGGUCAUGGACGCCAACAAGUAAUGAUGUUUUGCGGGUUUUUUUUGUGGUGUUUUUAUAAAAAUUUAAAAAUCUGACAUUUUAACAAAAAAAUUAAAAUGUUUAAUCAAUUUUAAAUGAGAAAAUACAUUUUUAUAGUAAGUUCAAGAUUCAAAUUUCUUAGAAAGACUGCACCUUCUAUGUUUUAAAAUUAAUAGAUUAAAAAAAAAAAAUUGAAGCAUUUACUAAAUAAGCUGUUGAAAAAGAUUAACUUUAGCCUUAAGAAAAUUGUGGAUAACUUAAUAUACUAUAACUUAGUUUUCUCUCUUUUUUUUUUACCAUAAAUAGAUUGUCCCUGAUCAGUUGCAUUUUUUAAAAAUUAAUAAUUUUGUGCGUGUGUUGGGGAGGGAAACACACAUGUUUGUACAAAAGUCCUAUUUGUAAAAAUUGACAUAAUUGGGAAACCAUUAUAUAAUAUCAUUAAAAAAAAAAAACUUUCUUACUUUAUAUUUGGACAUUAAAUGUCAAAUUCUUGAUUUACAAGGAUUAAUACGAAUGAAUUCCUCCCCUUGCUUCCUAAGUCCAUUGUAAUUGAACUAGAGCCACUGGUCUCCUGCCAGUUUCUUCAUUCCCAUAAGAUCAAGGUGUGUUUUAAAUGCUCCUUUCCCUCACACAGCCACCUCUCCAAGGCGCAGUUGGAAAUCAAACACCUGAGACAUGACAAUGAAAUAUUAAAGCAUGACCUUGCCAUGGCACGCAGGUAGGAUACUUUAACUUUAUUGUUUGUACUCUAUUGAACAACUGCUGUAAUAUUAAUUUAUGUGUAACAACAUUGUGGCAUUUUAUUAAAUAUUUUAAUUUUUUUUUACAUUUUCUGUUGCUGCUUCUUUUUGAUCUAUAAUAAAGAAAAUGAUAUACGUAAAUAAAGUGAUUUACAUAAAGAAAGUGAUUAUAUAAAGAUAUUGAUUAACAUAAAGAAAGUGAUUAUAUAAAGAUAUUGAUUAACAUUAAGAAAGUGAUUGUUUAAAGAUAUUGAUUAACAUUAAAGUACGUCACAUGGACGUCAUAUUUCUUUAUUCGUUAAUCUAUAGAGAAGGUAAUAAGCAAAUCGGAUAAAGAAUGAAAAAUACCAAAAGUUUCUUUUUUUAAGUUUUUUUAUUGCCGAGUCAGCAAAAAUCAAUGCCCAAAACCAGCGGUAAUGAAAGGGUUAAAGAGUAAAAAUAUAUUUAUACUAGUAGUCGGCAUUUGUGUUUCACAAUUUAACAUGUCAUUAAAAAAAUUUUUUGUUGUUGUUUUUCCCUGUUGUAAUACCAUGCUAAAUUAUUUUGUGUGAUGCCUCUUAUUAUAAUAUCAGUUAGCAUACAGAUUUUUUUUUACCCCCUGUAACACCAACAGUUCACAGACCAUGAAAACAAGCUAUGAAGAGGCAUACUCACCAACCGGCCAUCCAAACUACGGCAGCCCUAAUAAGUCAAGGACACGUUCAGCAGACAGGUGAGGGAAAACAUCCGCCAUUUUGGUCAGUUGAAAUUUUUGGGCCGACGGGAUGUAAUAAUAUUUUUUCAUAUGAAUUGGUGCACAGGUUUGUAGCAAGUUUGCUCACAGACAAAUACUUUAAUACAUCGCAAUGAGGCUUAAAAUUACAGAAUGUAUUGUUAUGCUAUAGUUAUUUCCCCAAUCAAAUGAAAACUGCAGAUAAGGGGUAAAAAAAACGUACACAUUUUUUUGUUGAAAAUGAGGCAUUAUAUGGGAAAACUGUCAUAAUACACAAAAUAAAAUCAUAGAAAAUAUCUUAAAAUUGUAUAGGUUUUUAGACAAGUUUGUAUUAAGGAGCAUGUUCUAAUAUUUGCUUCAGACCAACACAUAAAACUGGAUUUAGUCACAGUAUUUUUACUCUUCAAUGCACAUUUUUAAAAAAAAGGCCAACGUCACUUAGCAGCUUUAUGUUGAUUACCCUACUCAAAGUAAUUAUGUACAACCUUAUCCCUGUUAUUCAGGUCAUACCCGAACCCAACGAGGGGACGGAUAGAAUCAGCUCGCAGCAACUCGUCUUCACCUGUUUCAGACACAGACAGUGGCGACCACUUGAGGUCACCCAUUCUGAGAGCGGAGAAGGAGCUGAGGAACUUGCAGAAGUCGUUUAGCAGCCAGGAGUUCACACCCAAGCUGCAGAGAAAGUUUUACGGCAGUGAAGCAGUGAUGGGGCGGGGCGGUAGGCCUAUUGAGUUGUGAUAAAGACUUUCAUUGGUUUUUAACCUUAUGAUGUUCACUCUACCCCUUGUUCUCUAGAACAUGUAUAUUUUUUAUCCUGGUUCUAAAUAUCUAAUUUUACACCUUGUUCAAAAUGUCUAUUUUUUAUCCUGGUUCUAAAUAUCUAAUUUUACUCCUUGUUCAAAAUGUCUAUUUUUUAUCCUGGUUCUAAAUAUCUAAUUUUACUCCUUGUUCAAAAUGUCUAUUUUUUAAUCCUGGUUCUAAAUAUCUAAUUUUACGCCUUGUUCAAAAUAUCUAUUUUUUAUCCUGGUUUUAAAUAUCUAAUUUUACUCCUGGUUCAAAAUGUCUAUUUUUUAAUCCUUGUUCUAAAUAUCUAAUUUUACUCCUUGUUCAAAAUGUCUAUUUUUUAUCCUGGUUCUAAAUAUCUAAUUUUACUCCUUGUUCAAAAUGUCUAUUUUUAAUCCUGAUUCUAAAUAUCUAAUUUUACUCCUUGUUCAAAAUGUCUAUUUUUUAUCCUGGUUCUAAAUAUCUAAUUUUACUCCUUGUUCAAAAUGUCUAUUUUUUAUCCUGGUUCUAAAUAUCUAAUUUUACGCCUUGUUCUAAAUAUCUAAUUUUACUCCUUGUUCAAAAUGUCUAUUUUUACUGCUGGUUCUUUCUAUAUUGUUCAUGCCCCCAUCACCAUAAAUGUUUGGGAGCUUGAUGAAAGAGAAAUUAUGAACCGAAAUAAAUUUUGAAAUGUACUUUUUUAUUUCUUGCAGUAUUUAUUGCUUGUUUAUUUUUUAAAAAUAGGUUUGUCAUCAUCUACUAAUGCCAUUAACAACUUUGCUGGCCAUCCUUCUCCUGAUAAGCCAACCAGACAGCACCAAAGUCAAGUACGACAUUCUGGCAUUGUCAGGCCCAAUGAUGACGGCAUACCCCCCUCAUCACGAACACCUACCCGAAGCUCGAUUAAAGACGUCAAUCCAGGAAGUGAAAGAUAUAAAGAUAGGCCUCGCCGGGAUCAGAAAGGGAGAACCAACAACAUACCUGCAAAAAGUUAGUUGUGUUUUGAAACUGCCAUCUACCCAAUGGUCUGUGUAGCAAAUAUUUUAUAUGGAUUUUAUGAUUUUGGAGGCCACAGGGAGACUACUAAAAUUUCUAAAACUUGUUUUUAAGCUCCAGAGUACUGGUACAUGAGCCAAAUAAAAAUGUGUAAAUAUGGUGACUUAGUUCCAUCAUUAGAAAGAAGAAAAUUUAGGGAAAGCAAGGAACUUAUGCAAUAUAAAUUAGGAUUCAGAGGUUUAGCAACCUAUUGAGAAAUGUGUCAUCCACUCCUUUUUCUUUUUUUUUUCAAUUUUUCAAACCUGUGCCUGAGAAUAUAGAUUUAAGUAGAAUCAUGUUAUUGUAUGCUGAGGGGAACAAAUGGAUGGGCUAUCACAGACCUGUUCACUUACGAUUUAGGCGUACUAUGUAUGGUUUUGAAGUGUAUAUGUUAUAUUUACUAUAUGUUUAUUUUUUUAAUAUUAAGAUAAUGUAUUAAACGAUUUUGUGAUGAUAUUGUACGAAUUUAAGAGUUUGAGGGUAAACGGGUCUGCUAUCAUUUUCCUGAAUUCUGAUAAAUUCAUAAGAAGUGUAAGUCAGAAGACCAUACUUGCGGUAAGCUGUGAAUUUUGUCUCUUGACUAUCUACCAAACAAUUUUUUAUUUAAAAAAAAAAUUGAAACCAUAUUAAUAAUGAAUUUUAACAAACUCUUAUCCUAUCUAUAAUUAUUUAAAAAGAAGAAAUAUGAUAUGAUCUGAUGUUUUUCUUAAAAGUUUCAGGUAGUGAGAACGGUGUAUCGGGAGAGCAGGCCAUUGACAGAGUCAGGUCAGGGGACAUUGUGUCAAGGCCAGCCUGGGAGGAUGUCUACACAUCCAUGACUCCUGGCAGAUCUGAGAAUGGCGGAGGAAAGAUGGCAGCUUUGAAUUCUGUGAGUCAUUUAUUUUGUAUGAAUUUUACGAUAAUCCAGGGAUUUUUAACCUGGGGACCGUUUACCCUUUUGGGAUCUUAGGAGUGGCUUCAGGUUGUCUGGGUUUUGGCAGUAUCCUCAAAUUAAACUGUAUUAUUCAGGAAAUAAACUAUAACUCAUUACCAACAGGAGAUAUUAAAAAACCUGUUAAAGAACCCUUGAUCUAAUUUGAGUUACAAGUAACAUCUAGAAUAGUACAAAAACUGCUAAAGAACCCUUGAUCUAAUUUGAGAAGUUACACGUAACCGACUAAUCUAAGCAUAGAAUAAAAAUUGCAAAAACACUGAAGGGAAGAGGCUGUUAUUGAAUCAAUCCUCUUGUUUAUUGUUUUCUUUCAAGGCUCGAGACAUGAUGAUCAGGGAACGUCUGAUGAACAUAGACAACCUGGAGAGGAAAUACGAUGACCUGAAUCGGGAAAAAAGACAGGUAUGAUUUCACAAAUCAUUUUCCCUCAAAAAUUUUUAAACUGUGCACACGUGUACCCGUAAUUAAGUUUAAAUUUCAGUUUACAAAAGUAUUUUUAAAAGAUUGGAUGGAAACAUUCACUUUAUUGAACGGAUAGUUUGUAGGCAGCAGUUCUGCUCAAGCCAUCAGUUUGUAGGCAGCAGUUCUGCUCAAGCCAUCAGUUUGUAGGCAGCAGUUCUGCUCAAGCCAUCAGUUUGUAGGCAGCAGUUCUGCUCAAGCCAUCAGUUUGUAGGCAGCAGUUCUGCUCAAGCCAUCAGUUUGUAGGCAGCAGUUCUGCUCAAGCCAUCAGUUUGUAGGCAGCAGUUCUGCUCAAGCCAUCAGCAAAUCACAAUCCUUAAAAGGCUUAACAACUAUACCUUGGUAAAACAUGAGCAUCUAUACCCUGGUAAAAAGUGAACAUCUAUACCCUAGUAAAAUGUGAACAUUUAUACCCUGGUAAAUUAUGAACAUCUAUACCCUGGUAAAAGGUGAACAUUUAUACCCUGGUAAAAGGUGAACAUCUAUACCCUGGGAUGGGAAGAGUUAGGGCAAGGUAGUAAUAGUAUUCAAUUCAAUCCAUUAAAAGUGUUAAAAAGUUAUAUAAAGACAGGACUUUGCGAGAAGUCAUCUUCUUGCGUCAUCUUCGUGAUGCUGUUUCCAUUUGAGUUGGGUAUUGACGCUGCACUUCUUGCAGAGAUUUCCUGCCCAGCAAAGGGACCAAUAACUGUGGCUCAGUGAUAAAGCUAAUGCCACUGUCCCCUCAGUGUUUUCUUUAUGUAGAUAGUGGUGGAUUUGGGAAGGGAGUUCCUCUUGGUAAAUUGUAUUCUUCAGAGAACACCCGUUAUCUAUUUCCAACUUUUGCUGAAAAAUGUUGAAGUCCAUAACCCUAUUUUUACCUUGGUUCCCAUACCUGACAUAUUUAUAUUUAUUUAUAUUUUGAGACUGCCAAACAAGUUUUAAAAAAAAAAUAUACAUUGUUUGUAUCCCAUGAUAAUGUCUUUGACCGGUGCAUGCUGUCAGAUGCCUAGUGUAUUAAUGAAGAAGUAGGAAGCUGGUUAAUUUGAUAAUUUGACGAAUUGGAUUGACCAUGUCAUAGAGCUCUUCAAUGCAAAAGAAUGUCAUAACUUUAAACGGAAACGCUCUCUCCCCAAAUAUGAUGAAUGGCACAGAGUAAACGCUUAUGGCAUAGAAUCUCUGACCAGAUGAAUCCAAUUUUAAAAUUAUAUUUAAAUAGAUUCGGCUUUUCUUGUAAGUUGAAUUUUUCAAAUUUUAUUUUGUAACCUACUGUCACCAGUAUGAGUCUGCUCUCAGCAAGCUGCCUGCCCAGGGUCACCGUGGGGAAAAAGAAAAGCUGGAGGCAGAACUGGACAGAGUGGACCGAGAGCUGGGUUCAGUGCGAAUGUCCCUGAAGCGGUUCCAUGUCCUCAAGUCAACAAUCUGAGCUGCCUCUGCCGCACAUAUGUAACAAGUUGUGUAGUUAGUGUCAGUUCACAUUUAUAAACAAAAUAAUAUUACAAUGAAACAUUUAUAAAAAAAACUUUUUUGUAGAAAUUUGUUUCCUUUGUUUGUACAGAACAUUUUGACAAUAAGUUUUACCAAUUACCUGUCUUGUAUUUUUUUAAAAAAUAUAUAAAAUCACUUAUCGAUGUUUGGAAAGGGUAAACUAAUGCUAUUUAAUGACCUUUAAAUUAAUGCAUGACAGCUGCUAUAAGAUAAAAUUAAAACCAUUUUGUUAUUGUUUGUAUAUACUGCAUUCCGGUCUCGUUUAUUGAUUUAAAGUUGCACUUGAUAUGUUAAUAGUGAGGACUGCUGCUUAUUAUUUUUCAUUAAAAACUCGACCAAACUUUGCGUUGUUCAAUUAAUAUGACACUCGUAGGACCAAAACAGUUAUUAUUAUUAUUAUUUAAAUGAUUGAGCUUCACAUAAAAAUUAUCAAAAUAAGAAAAAACAUGAAAUUAAAAAACAGUUACAGGAGUUAGGGUCAGUAAAUGUUACCGUGACACCCUACUGUAGCUAGGUCAUCAUGCCUGAUAGAGACUGACAGAUUAUAUUUGGUUUUGAAAUUUAUAAUGCAUUUGUUUUUAUUUUAUUUAACUUAUUAUUAUUAUUCCUUUACACGAACUGCCACCGGAAUAUUUUUAUACACUGUCCACCUUUAAUUGUGACCAACAUAUUAUAUUAUAUUUUUGUAUGUCCUUUAAGUCAGCGUUCCCAAAUGGUGGUCUGCGGACCGGCGCCGGUCCGCACAACAUGAAUAUUUAUUGUCAAAUAAAUAAAAUUUAAAAAAAAAUUAAUAAAUACGGCUCCGGUCCCUGGUACAGUUUUGAAACUGGUCCACCUGAACCAAACUUAAAUGUUUGGGGAAACGCUGGUUUUAAGUAUUUAACCAAUAGCAUUAGAAUGAUUUAUUUUGUCCUGUAGCUUUAGAUGACUUAUUAUUUUAGAAAGAAGGCAAGGCUCUCCUCAAUAUUUAGUCUGUGCCAUUAAGAAUAGUUUCCUCAAUCACCAGUUGGUGCCCAUGUCCUCAAUGAUUGUAUUAAUUAAAAAAAAUUAGCUUACAAGAACUUGUAACCUACAGUGCUGCCUGUGUGAUGUAUUCCAUUAGCAAUAGAAACAAUGCUGUUUAUACCAACAUUCGUAUUAUUCAUCAAUCUUUCAAGUUUUUGCCUAACCUAUGAUAUGAAUAAUGUAUCAUUUUGAAUGAGUGGUUUGUUUUGUAUGUAUAAAUAUUGAAGUUUCUUGAUUUGUGAAGGUGUGUACAUUUUUUCAUCAUUGGGUGGGCCGAAAUCAUCAAAUUUAAAGAAAGUACAUGCAUAAUCCCUAUAGUAUUAUUGGGGAGGGGUCAUUUUUGUCCAGGCUCUACAUUCACAGGUUGGAAAAACUGAUUGCAACCUUUUUUCAACAUGAAAUUUUAAGGGUAUUGAAAUUUUUUAACAGUUUUUAUAAUUUUAUUUGGGCAUUAGAAACAUUUACGUGGGGGUUCUCAGAACAUGCAACUCUCAACCUUAUAUGGCAGUUAGCAAAUACACUUGAAAGAAUAUUUUAAGUUGCAAAAAGAUAUUAAUGAGUGAUUGGUACAAGAAAAAAAAUAUUUUAAAAAAUAUGACAUUAAAAGAGCUGAAAUAUUGCUGUUAAAAUUAUUUUUACAGUAAAUCAUUCAUAUCCUUUAAAUUUAAAGCUCAACUUUUCUCGAGGUGUUUAAAUAAUGAAUAGGAAAUUAUAGUUGCAUCUGAGGCAGAGCUUGUAUCCUCAUCAAGAGUUUUCUAUAUGAAUAUGAGUUCACUAAUAGAUAAGUCCACACUUCUUUUAUAUGAGUUCACUAGUAGACCAGCGUGCGCAAGUUUUCAAACUCAUUUUAUCAUAAUUGGCUUCAAACCUGUAAUGAAGAGAUAUCACAAAGUGGCUCUCACUUCACUACAUGCUAAUGUUUGUAAAUCCGUCCAGCCAUUGACGCCUUUCUGUUGGCAUUAGUAUUAAUAAUAACAAAAUAUUUUGUUUAGUUUUUCUUCUUUUUAAUUAGUUUUGGAGAUAGGAGUUGUUGUUUUUUUCGGAGUCAAACUUUAAAUUCUCUUUGCCUCAUAUUCAAAUUUAUAUUCCUGAUCCAACCAGAUAGCUUUACAUUUUCUUCAAGAAAGACAAAUGGUCCUAUCAUCGGGCUUCAAAAUACUUUUCUGAAAACUUUAUAACAAAAGCCUAUGAAAGGGGGGAAAAAAAACAAAAGAAAGAUAUAUUUUUCUCACUGAUUUAAAACUUUUGUAAAGCUCUUCAAGUUCUUAAGGUUUAUAACAAUAACUUCAGGACUCCUCUGAAAAAAAUCUCUUUUAAUUAAUGACACAAGUUGUGUUAGGAAAAGUUGAAGGGUGUUUUUUUUUUAAGUUAAAAAAGAGAAACAGUCACAGAUGUUUAGAUUAUGAGUGUUCGGGUGUGUGGGAACAGAAUAUUUAUACUGUUUGAGUUUUUCUGAACAUUUGCAGGUAAUCAGCGUUAGAAGGUAGCUGAAGAUUUAAUGUCAUUCAAAAAUGAUAUUUAAAAAAAAAUAUUUUUUUAAAACUUUGGUUUUGUGUUUGAUGUCUUCUUCUUUUGUAACCUUAACUAAGUCAAGUGGUCUGUGAUAUCAAGUUUAAUUUGUAUACAAUGUA